AUGUCAGCCGCAGCAUCGAACAUUAAUAAUAGUAGCAAUAAUAGUGCUUCUAGUAUGGACGAACUCCCCGUUCUCGUUCCUGAAUUACUGCAACAUUUAUCACCAAGAGAAGACACAUCAAUCAUAUCAGACAUACUAGAUAAUGAAAGAAAGACAUCGGAAUUACGAGCUAGACAACAUGAACAUACUCGUAUCGUCCUUGCCACUCUGGCCCAAAGACUCCAAGAUGCGCAAACUCGACAAUUAAAUGCAUCUACAGAAGCCUCAUCAUUGAAAUAUUCUGUCGAAUCAUCGAAACUGGAAUCACAACAAACCAAUGUCAAACACGAGUUGAAUAGCAUUCAUCAGUCUAUUGGGGAUUUAGAAGAGAGAUAUCAGGCUUAUUUGCAGGAGAUGCAGGCUCUUGAAGAGGAGGAACGAGUGGAGGCUGGUGUUCCUCCUGAUCCGUCAUUGCUCAAACUACACAUUCUGAAAUCGCUGGGAGUUGAAAUGAUGACUGAUGAUAAGGGAGUCUAUACGCAUGCUCAUACAAGAUCUGUGGGUCAUAACGAUAUAGUGGUGACGCCCUUUGAAGCCAAGUACUCUGACAAGUAUUAUGCAGACUUGUUAUGGGAGGCUUGUUCUUAA